AUGAAUGCCCUUGUUGUCGGUAAUUUCGAGUUCGGAGAGGUAGUUGUCGGGCACUGUUCUACUAUUGAUCUGUUCUGUGGUCACGGCUUGUGCUUGUCGAUGAUCCUUCGCGGAAAGCGAGCUUCUAAGGACAGUUCCAAUGAUGCUUCAGGAGGGACCGGUGCCUGUAAUCGGGCGGAUAGAGUGCGGCGGCCGCAGGUCAAGCUUGUCGCGGGCUACAAUGAGCUUCUCGCCUGCACAGCGCUCACGCAUGUUGUCGAGCCAGUAGCCGCGAGAGAAAAAGUUCGAGUUUGA